AUGGGGAGGAGGGGCAAAGCGAAGCGAGUCCAUGUGCUUCAACACCAACCGGAUCUUGCCGAUGUCCCGCCCGGGAAUCCGACGGCGACAAAGACGGUAUUGAGGUGGUCGAGGUUGUCGAUCGUACAGUGGAGAGCGAAUCCUCGUGACGACAGUGAUUCGUCAGAGAUUGAAAUGUUCGUUGCUAGUGGCGGUGGAUUCCGUUGUUGGGCAAAAACAGAUGCCUUUUUUGGUUGGUGUUUGGGUGUGGGUUUUAUUGGUAUCAAUGGCAUCUCCGAGUUCAAGGAAGCCUUCAGCCUAUUUGACAAAGAUGGCGAUGGUUGCAUCACUACCAAGGAGCUUGGAACUGUGAUGAGAUCCCUGGGACAGAAUCCUACUGAGGCCGAGCUUCAAGACAUGAUUAAUGAGGUGGAUGCUGAUGGUAAUGGAACCAUUGACUUCCCAGAGUUUUUGAACCUAAUGGCCCGGAAAAUGAAGGACACUGAUUCUGAGGAGGAACUGAAAGAGGCAUUCCGUGUUUUUGACAAGGAUCAGAACGGUUUCAUCUCUGCUGCAGAGCUGCGCCAUGUGAUGACACACCUUGGCGAGAAGAUGCCUGAUGAGGAAGUUGACGAGAUGAUUCGGGAGGCUGAUGUUGAUGGCGAUGGACAACUCAAUUAUGAAGAGUUUGUGAAGAUUAUGAGAAGUUGA